GGGCGAACGAACCCUAUACCUCCGCAACGUCAGAGACAUAAAUAACUUGUAUGUCUCUGGCAACGUGAAACCAAAAAUAACAAAAUUACUGUUUUCUUAGUUUUAGCUCUUGUCAGCCUUGGAAAUGCCAGGAACAAGAUAUGAUGCUCAGAAAUGCAUGGGCAAAGUGCUCAUUGUGAAUAAUCAGACCUAUUAUGCUGAGAAGGGGGAAGAAAAAAAUCGCCCCAUAGAUAUAGGGAAAGAAGACAAGAAGGUGGAAGAAUUGAUUAAGACAUUGAACGAUUUGGGGUUCACAGUUCUUGGCAAUAAAGAACAAAAGGACAAAACCAAAGAAGAGUUUAUUGAGUUGUUAAAGAAUGUUGCUGCUAAAAGCGAUUUAAAAGAUGAUUAUUGUUUUAUCUGCAUUGUCUUGUCUUAUGGACAAGAUGGCGUAAUUACUUGUUAUGAUGCGACUCAAUCACCCAAAAAUCCAACAGCAGGUAUGCAACUACCUGUAUCAGAACUUCAAGAAUGUCUGAAGGGAGACAAAUGUAGAGAUCUUCUCCUGAAACCCAAAAUAUUCAUGUUACAGUUGGAACGAGCUUCAGGUGACUAUAUUGAAAGUCCUGCAACAGGAACACAAGCACAUAAGCCAGUGAAAAUCCCAAGAGAAGCAGAUUUUCUGACAUACACAUGUGAAAGAGAAAGAGCUAUCACAACCUGGAAUGAAGGAUUGAAAGAAUAUGUCAAGAAACCUAAACAACCCUUAGAGAUCCAAAAACUGCUCACACGGAUGAACCGUCUAUAUUGUGAAUAUUACAGUGAGGAAGAAAAAAUGACAGUGGAUGCACCUUGCGUGACCUCUCUUCUUACCAGAGAAGCUUAUCUGAAGAUAGAGGAGCCAAGCCCAAAGUAACAUAGUUUGUUGUCCCUACUAUACAUGAACCAUCAACCAUUUUGUAAAUGUGUGUUAUAAAUUACCCAAGAAAUGAUUAAAUCAUUGGCAGCAUUGUAAUGAUGAUGUUAUAUUGCAGUUGCAAUGAGCUUGAAUAACUUUAACAAAACAUAUACACAUAUAUAAUUUAGAUUACGUGUUUAUCAAAAAAAGCUCACAUUCAUUAAAUUGUUAUUCAAUUGUUGAUAUGAUAAAAAUGUGAAUACCAGCUAUUUAGAACUUGGAUGUUGAGAAAACAAUCAUAUGUAUAUAUGCAUUAGUGAAUUUUACAAGGUGAUUUCAAAUGUAUAUAGUCCAAUGACAUAUGUGAAAUGUAUUUCAUUAUUUUUUAAAUACAGUUGUGGGUUUUUUUUGUUUAAGCAACAUUUAUAGUGAUUGGUUGAUCAUAUUCAAACAAGUUUCAAGAAUGUCACAUGAAUUAAAAUUAAGAGAUUGCAUGCAUGAAUAAUUCAGAAAAUGAUUUUUUGAUCUCCCUUUUGGGUCUUUGUAUUUACCCAAUUGACUGGUCUUAGUUUCAUACAAGCUCAAUUAGACUACCAAUCAGCCUUGCACCCUGAUAGGAGGGGGUGGUGCAUGCAAGAUAUUAUGAUACUCUUGGUUGUUUUCCUUUUUCCUGAUUUUUUAAAAUCUAGUUCUAUUGUAACAAUUUGUCUCAUUACAUAUGUAUAUUAUUAUAUCUAUCUAUCUAUCUAUCUAUCUAUCUAUCUAUCUAUCUAUCUAUCUAUCUAUCUAUCUAUCUAUCUAUCUAUCUAUCUAUCUAUCUAUCUUAGUCUAUUGCCUUUCUUGUGCUUUUCUGUAAAUUAGAUUUACAAUGUUGCUUACUAUCAAAGUAGUCGAGUUAAUAUAAUGUAAUUGAGUUUUGAUGCGCUUUCUUUCUAAUUAACGUUUGUUAAUUUGCUGACGAAAUAUUCAUAGGCUUUAAUGACAUCAAUUUAUGAUUGUUGUUUUGUUUUAUGGACUUUGUACAUGUACUUGUAAUCUCUGGUGUCUUGCUGAGGUAAGAUUAAAUUUCCUGGUAUAUUUUUAUCUAGCUACAAGUGCUGUUCAUUAUUAAUGCUAUAAUAUCUGUGCUUGAUCAUAAAGUCAUUAAGUUUCGACUGAUCAUCAAAUUUGUCUCAAGCAAUAAUGUUUAUUCAAGAGGAUUUGAUUUUUAGCUCAUCUGAGCUGAAAGCUCAAGUGAGCUUUUCUGAUCAAAAUUUGUGUAUUGUCUGUCGUCGUAAGUUGGUGUUAGCGUUGUCGUUGCUGUAAACUUUUCACAUUUUCAUCUUCUUCUCCUGAACCACUGGGCAGAUUUCAACCAAACUUGGCACAAAGCAUCACUGGCUGAAGGGGAUUCAAGUUUGUGCAAAUGAUAGGCCACACCAUCUUUAAAGGGGAGAUAAUUUAGAAUUAUUGAAAAAUUGUUGGUAUUUUUCAAAAAUCUACUCAACAAAAACUAUUAGGCGAGAAAAGCUGUUUUUUUAUGGAAGCAUCAUCAGGUAGUGCAGAUUCAAGUUUGUUUAAAUGAUGGUCCCUGGAAGUAGUGUGGGGCCACAAUGGGGGGAUGGAUUUUUACAUAAGAAUGUAUAGAGAAAAUCUUUAAAAAUAUUCUUCCCAAAAACCAAUUGGCCAUAAAAGCUUAAACUUGUGUUGAGAUAUCCUCAGUUAGUGUCGAUUCAAAUUUGUUCAAAUCAUGGUCCCCGUGGGUAGGGCGGGGCCACAAUGGGGGGGGGAUGGAUUUUUAAAUGAGAAUAUAUAGAGAAAAUGUUUAAAAAUCUUCCUCUCAAAAACAAAUAGGCCAGAAAAGCUCAAAUUUUAGUGGAAGCAUCCUCAGAUAAUGCAGAUUCAAGUUUCUUUAAAUUAUGGUCCCUGGGGUAGGGCGGGGCCACAAUGUGGGAUGAAUUUUUACAAAGGAAUAUAUAGUGAAAAUCUUUAAAAAUAUUCUGGGAAUGUUUUCAGUCCAAAAAGCAGUAACUUGUAUGAAAACACGGGUUGUGUAGAUUAAAGUUUAAUCAAACCAUGAUUCCCAAGAGAGAAGUGGGGGGGGGGGGGAGGGGGUAUAUAGGAAUAGAGAAAACUCUUCUUACAGGUACAACAACAAAAGGGCUUGAUAUUUACCAUAAAAUGUGUGGAUAGAAAUUGCUAGAUUUUUUUUUGUACUUAGUUGUCAAAAUAUUUUGAUUUGGAUUUGAUUUGGAUACUGUUAUGCUUAUUUGAUCAGAGUUAAGGCAAUUGUUGUUCAGGUGAGCAAUGUGGCUCCAGGGCCUCUUGUUAUGAAAAGUGUUUUUGCCCUUAAGAGUUUUAUCUUUUUAUUGGUCCCGAUUUUUCACAAUCUAACCUAUCCUCAAUCAUCAAACAGUGAUCUCUUAUAAAUUUCUAUGCAAAAAUGAUUUUAUAACUAGUGUGAGAAUCGUGAACCACAGAUUGCUCAAGGAGCACCAUGAAUUACUAUUGUUUAACAAUAUGCUAUUUAUUCAGGUAUCAUUCAUGAUGUUGAAAGUACAGUAAAACUCGGUUUUAGCAAAGUGAUAGGGACCAGUGGAUUUACUUCGUUAAAUCCGUAAUUCGUUGUAUCCGUAUAAACAACUCGUUAUAAUAACUAUAGCAAAUUCACUAUCUACAUGUUUUCUCUCACCAAACUGCAGUUUUUGCUAAUUGAGGCUUAAAAUGAAAAUACUUUCUUUUGAUACCUUUAAGUUUAAUAGCUGAAUCCUAAAUUGAAAAAAAAUAUGUGAAAAUAAAUUUAUGAAAACUUUUAUUUUAUAUAGUAGUGAAAAAUAUUUUAACUGUAAAGGAAUUCACUACAGAAGUGUUAAAUUUCAUUAUUAUUAUUAUUUUAUUAAAUUAUAAGUAUUUAAAUUUUCAUCAUUCUACGGGACUCAAAAUCAGUUCGUUAUAUCUGUAAAUUCGUUAUAUCUGAAUUCUUUCUAACCAUAUAAUUUUGCAAAGAUUAUUUGAGAAUUUUGCCGGGGACUCAAUGAAAAACUUUGCUAUAUCCAUUAAUUCACUAUAUUCGUGUUCGUACUAAACGAGUUUUACUGUAUAAUAUCUAGUAUGUUGUUUUAGAUUUCAAAAUUUAUAAUAACAGGGUAAGAUAUUGAACCUUGUCAAUUACGAUAAUUUUAUAUGCAGCUUGAUAUUUGUUGCCAAAACAUACUAACACUCAUGAUAAAAGUAAUUAACAACGAAUACUGUUAUAUAUUUGUAGCUUUUUUACAUUAAAAAACUAACAUUUUCCGAUUUCCUAUGUUUGGCUUAUGUUUUUUGUAUUAAAAAAAUAAAAGCAUCCACAAGCAA